UAUUCCCAAAAGUCAACGCCUUCUCUCUCUCUUCUUCACACCUUCUCCCUUCUCUCUCUUUCUUUCUUCACCACUUCCUUCUUCUUCUUCUCUCUUGUGUUUUCCUCUCUAUCAAGUUCCAUAAUCCACACCAUGAACAACUCGUUGUAGCAACCUUAUAAUCUCUCUCUCUCUCUAUAUUCUUUUCUAUUCGUUUCUUCUUUUUUUGGUAUAUUGCGAUAUGGGAAACGGCAUAGGGAAGCUGACGGUGUGCUUCACCGGAAGCGGCGGAGGUGGAGGGCGCCGCCGCAAGCACGACAUAUCCAUCGUAUUAACAGAGCCACUAGACGAGGGUCUGGGACACUCGUUCUGCUAUGUUAGGCCCGACCCGACCCGAAUAUCAUCCUCGAAGGUUCACUCGGAAGAAACCACCACUUUCAGAACAAUCUCCGGCGCGUCCGUGAGCGCCAACACAUCAACGCCACUCUCAACUUCCUUUGUGGAUCUCUACUCAUACGGUUGCAUCGAUAGAGCUGCGGCUUUCGAGAGCUCAACCUCUUUCGCCGCGCUUCCUCUUCAACCCAUUCCAAAGGGCUUCACCAAUUCGGGUCCAUUUUCCGGUAACUUAAACGGGUUUCCAGCAUCGGGUCCUCUUGAGAGAGGCUUCAUGUCAGGCCCGAUUGAGCGUGGAUUUAUGUCGGGCCCAAUCGACCGGGCCGGGAUCUUCUCCGGCCCGAUGGAUAGAGACAGUUCCGAUCAGUUUCAGAGAAGCUUCUCUCAUGGCGGUUUGAUUUCGGGUAUUGGGAUUCGACCCGGAACGAGGAAAACCCGGUGGAUUCGGGUGCUGCGGAGGGCGAUUUCGAAGACCCUUCGGCAAGGUUCGAUCGUGGCUCCGAUCAAAGGGGUGGCGCCGGCGGGAAGGGAGCCACCGGAGUGGGUUAUUGCGGCGGCGGAGAAGCAGAACGAGAACACGGUUAACAGCGUGAAUUUCAGCAGCGAAGGGAGCUUCUUGGAGGACGAUGAUUCAACAACGGCGGCGAUGGAAGGUCACCAGAACGUUCAGUGGUGUCAGGGGAAAGCAGGGGAGGACCGUGUCCACGUGGUGGUGUCGGAGGAACACGGUUGGGUGUUCGUGGGGAUCUAUGAUGGAUUCAACGGCCCAGAUGCACCUGAUUACUUGCUUUCGAAUCUGUACAACGCAGUGCACAAGGAGCUCAAGGGUUUGCUUUGGGAUGAUGGGGUUGAUGGGAAUUCCAAUUUGGGGGUUAAAGAUUCCAUCUUGACAACUGGGGAUGAUGAUGGCGAUGCUUGUGCUGGCUGUAUUGAUCAACAGAAUAAUCAUAAUAUGAAUGACGAAGAUGGGUCAUCUUGUGCUGCAAGUGGUGCUGGGGAUUCUAAUUUUGAUGAUCAUGGUUUGAAGAGAAAAAAGCGUGGUGGAAAUGGAAAUGGAAGUGGAAGGAGUUGUAACAACAAGUACAGAGGCGCUGCAAAGAAAUGGGAGGAGAAUCAGAUGAGGUGGAAGUGCGAGUGGGACAGGGAAAGAGUGGAACUUGAUCGGAGAUUGAAGGAGCAGCUAACUGGAUCCGAUGGGUCAAUGAUGGUGAACCAUUCCGAUGUGUUGGAAGCUCUGUCUCGGGCUCUUAGGAAGACGGAGGAGGCUUUCUUGGACGUGGCGGAUAACAUGGUGAUGGAGAAUCCUGAGCUUGCUCUAAUGGGGUCUUGUGUUCUUGUGAUGUUGAUGAAAGGUGAAGAUGUUUAUGUGAUGAAUGUUGGAGAUAGUAGAGCUGUUCUUGCUCAGAAGGCUGAGCCUGAUUACUGGCUUGGCAAGAUUAGGCAGGACUUGGAGAGGAUCAAUGAGGAGACCAUGAAUGAUCUCGAGUCCUGGGAUGUCGAUCGAUCCACCUUGGUCCCUACUCUCACCUCCAUUCAGCUCACCAAGGAUCACAGCACCAACGUUGAUGAGGAAAUCCAAAGAAUAAGAAAAGAGCACCCGGAUGAUCCCUUCGCGCUUGUAAAUGAGCGCGUCAAGGGAUCUCUCAAGGUUACUCGGGCAUUUGGUGCCGGAUUUCUCAAACAGCCCAAGUGGAACAAUGCAUUGUUGGAGAUGUUUAGAAUAGACUAUGUGGGAAGUUGUCCUUACAUAAGUUGCAUGCCAUAUCUAAAACACCAUAGAUUAGGACCAAAGGACAAGUUUUUGAUUCUAUGUUCAGAUGGCUUGUACCAAUACUUGUCAAACGAAGAAGCAGUUGCCGAAGUUGAACUUUUCAUCACAUUGCAACCUGAAGGAGACCCUGCUCAGCAUUUGGUUGAGGAAGUCCUAUUUCGUGCUGCAAAGAAAGCUGGUUUAGACUUCCACCAAUUGCUUGAAAUUCCACAAGGUGAUAGACGUCGAUACCAUGAUGAUGUCUCCAUCAUUGUUAUUUCUUUGGAAGGAAGGAUAUGGAGAUCAUGGGUAUAAUCAUAGUCAAAAUCUUAUAUAAUAUAAUAUUAAAAAAAAAAAAAAAAAGAGGAAAUGACUCAAAUGAGAGAAAUUCUGCCUAAGGGUCAAGGCAUUACCAUUUUGGUGUUUUUACCUUUUUACCCCCCUCAUUGCUCACCCUUUUGUAAAAUAGCAACUAGGCUAUGAGAAACUGGGAGUUUGUCUAGAAGACUAGUUGUACAAUUCAACGAGUGAUAGGGAGGAUUGUAAAGUUAUUUAAAAAAAAAGAAGCUGGAUUUUGUUCAUUAUAA